AGCCGCACCACAGCAGCGCCGACGGCCCCGCCGCUCGCCCGCUCCGGCCCAGCUGUGGUGCAGCCCAGGAAACCUCUGCUUCCUGUGAAGUCACUGCAGAGAUGUUGUCACUGGCUCUUAAACACUGUGCUUAAAGCUUGACGGUUCCUAUCCACAUGCGAAACCCACUCACUGACUUCAGUUCUGGUGACCCUGGUACUGAACCAGCUUCCAAGAUGUCGAGCAAGCGUGCCAAAGCUAAGACCACCAAGAAGCGCCCUCAGCGCGCCACCUCCAAUGUCUUUGCUAUGUUCGACCAGUCACAGAUCCAGGAGUUCAAGGAAGCCUUCAACAUGAUUGACCAGAACCGUGAUGGAUUCAUUGACAAAGAGGAUCUGCAUGACAUGCUAGCUUCCCUAGGGAAGAACCCCACUGACGAGUACCUGGAGGGCAUGAUGAGUGAGGCGCCGGGACCCAUUAACUUCACCAUGUUCCUCACCAUGUUUGGGGAGAAGCUGAAUGGUACUGACCCAGAAGAUGUCAUCCGCAACGCCUUUGCCUGCUUUGAUGAGGAUGCGACAGGCUUCAUUCAUGAGGACCAUCUGCGUGAGCUGCUGACCACCAUGGGAGACAGGUUCACAGAUGAGGAGGUGGAUGAGAUGUACCGGGAGGCUCCCAUUGACAAGAAGGGCAACUUCAACUACGUGGAGUUCACCCGCAUCUUGAAGCAUGGGGCCAAGGACAAAGAUGAUUAGCACCUAGAGCUGCUACACUGCCUCUGCCUCCUCCUGCACACACUUCCUGCCCCCAUGGAGUCCCUCCAUUCCCCUUGCUGUUUAGGCCCACAGCAGUUUCACUCCAUCAGAAAUAUCUUCCUUCUCUGGGUUACACUUAUGUUGGCACGUGACCCUGCAGCCUUUCUAGAGUGCUUCCAUCACUAUCCCCCUGUGUGCCCAUCCAUCAGUCCUAGACCUCCUCUCCCAUCUCUCUCCCACCUCCUAGCCCCAAAGACUCUGUGCAGUGUCUUGGUGCCCAUGCCAAGGCCUUUCCAGGGCUGUCUUCUCCAUAUCCAGACAUUGUAAAAGACACAUUCUCUUCCUGAUGUGUCUGUCUGACAGAGGAGAGAAGGUUUGCCUUUCCUUCUGGCCUCUGUCCAGGAAGAACAAUCAGGUCAUCGUCUACCGUCUCCUUUAACAAAUAUUGCUUGAAGAUACCACAUGGGUAAUUUGAUUUCUGAGGCAAUGGAGUGCUGUGCACUCAUCUGCCCUACUGUCCUGAAACCUGGCCAUGUGCCUGUCCCACGUACAGGCUUGCAGGGGAGCGCCUCAACAUCACAGCUUCACCCUUGUGCUGUGUCCCAGGUGGUCCUUACCUGAAGGACCUUGCCACAGGUGCUCUUCACAACCUGCUAGAAACCCCCCUUUUUCACAGCCCCCAGCUCUGCUGCACAGCCCUACUUUGCAUUUGGAUGGCAUCUUUCAGCAGAGGUGAGCCCAGUGUGCUGACUCCUUGGCAUCCACAGCCUACCCUGCCAUGCUGGCUACUGUGCCAGGUCUGUGGGUGGGGGUGUGUGGACAGGAGAAGGAUGGAAGGAUUUUUCCUUUCUGUCUGCCCUGAUCCACUGCUGUCUCACUGUUUCCUGUGACAGUAUCUCCCUCCCAUGCUUCAGCUACCAUGUCCCUUGGCCUCAAAGUGGAUGGGAUCCAGCAGCACACAUCACAGGCCCAUCAUGAGGCACAGGUGGCAAUGCCAGGGGAAGUGUGCUGGAUUGUCUUGCUUUCCUUGUGCUUCUCAGCCCCAGGACUUCCACUCAGGUUUGGACCCUACCAAGCAGCCAUUUGCUCCCUGGAAGCAACUUUGUAGUCUAGUAGUCACUGUUCCAGCUGAGUAAGUGGGAGGUCUGUUCCAGCUGAGUAAGUGGGAGGUCUGUUUCCCAGGCAUAGAGCUGGUAUGGGAAGGAGCAUCCCAGGUGAGUGCUAGCUUGUUGGGAUUUUGGCUGGCUUAAACCAGUGCAAUCCCAGUCUUGAAGGACACAACAUAGAAAGGCUCUUGCCUUUCCUCCCACUCUCUUCCUUUAUGAAAGGGAAAAAAGAACACUUUGUUUCCUCUUCUAUGGUUGUUUUAUGGCUUGAGAGCCUGUGAUUUAAGGGAUUCAGAAAGCUGAAGCCACAUACAAAGUCUGAUGGAUGUAAUACAAA